CCAAGUUUUAAAACCAGCCCAGCCAGAGGAGCAGUUAUCCUCAUUCUUUCAGCUGAGAAAAUCCUUUCCAUGUUAUCCACAGUUGUGAUGAAAAGAGAAGCCCCUCUUGCCAGAGACUGAAUUUGUCUGUCAGAAAAAUACCACUUACAGGACUUGUCAUGUCUCCUUUUCUGCGUAUUGGUUUAUCCAACUAUGACAGCGGCCCUUACCUGCCAUCCCAGGGGGAGGUGAUUAACCCUUACUGUGCCGUGAUGGUUAAAGAAGCCGUGGAGUCAGAAAAUGGCCAAGUGUACGUGCAGAAGAAGCCCACCAUGUACCCACCCUGGAACAGCACUUUCGAUGCCCAUAUCAACAACGGCAGGGUCAUGCACAUCGUUGUCAAGGACAAAAGUGCCGAAAUGGUUUCAGAGACCACGGUGGAACUCAAGGUGCUGGCGGAGAGGUGCAAAAAGAGCAAUGGGAAGACGGAGAUAUGGCUAGAACUGAAACCUCAAGGGCGAAUGCUGAUGAAUGCAAGAUACUUCCUGGAAAUAAGUGAUGCAAAGGACCUGUCCGACUGUGAGACUGAAGGCUUUUUCUCCUUACACCAGCGCAGGGGAGCCAUCAAACAGGCCAAAAUCCAUGAUGUCAAGUGUCAUGAGUUCACAGCCACCUUCUUUCCACAACCCACCUUCUGCUCUGUCUGUCAUGAGUUUGUAUGGGGUCUGAAUAAACAAGGCUAUCAAUGCAGACAAUGUAAUGCUGCCAUUCAUAAGAAGUGCAUUGAUAAAGUAAUAGCCAAGUGUACAGGAUCAGCAAUCAACAGCAGAGAAACAAUGUUCCAUAAAGAGCGGUUCAAGAUUGACAUGCCUCACCGCUUCAAAGUCUACAACUACAAGAGCCCAACUUUCUGUGAGCACUGCGGCACGCUCCUCUGGGGCCUUGCACGGCAAGGACUGAAGUGUGAUGCAUGUGGCAUGAACGUCCAUCACAAGUGCCAGACAAAAGUAGCAAACCUUUGUGGAGUUAACCAGAAACUAAUGGCUGAAGCUCUGGCGAUGAUAGAGAGCACCCAGCAGGCUCGUUGUCAGCGGGACACUGAACAGAUCUCCAGGGAUGGACCUCUUGAAAUUGGUUUCCCAGUUCCUGUGAAGGAGGUAACACCACUUCAGGCAUUGCCAGCAUCUACAACAGGAAAAAAAGAGCCACAGGGCAUCUCCUGGGAGACUCCAGUGGUGGACACAGUGAAGGAGGAGUCGCUAAUAGAGUCAGACUUGGGAGAACAGCCCCAGGAACAGGAAGAGCACCAAGUACAGCUAAAACUAACCAUUGAGGACUUUGUCCUGCACAAGAUGCUGGGGAAGGGCAGUUUUGGCAAGGUGUUUCUUGCCGAGCUAAAGAGCACAGAUCAGUAUUUCGCUGUGAAAGCCCUGAAGAAGGAUGUGGUGCUGAUGGAUGAUGACGUUGAAUGUACGAUGGUGGAGAAGAGAGUCCUCUCCUUAGCUUGGGAGCACCCAUUCCUGACUCAUGUCUUCUGUACGUUCCAAACCAAGGAAAACCUCUUUUUUGUGAUGGAAUACCUCAAUGGAGGAGACCUCAUGUUCCAUAUCCAGAGCUGUCAUAAGUUCGACCUUCCCAGAGCAACGUUUUAUGCUGCUGAAAUCAUAUGCGGGCUCCAGUUCCUCCAUUCCAAGGGCAUAAUAUACAGAGACUUGAAGCUAGACAAUGUCCUCUUGGACAAUGAGGGGCACAUCAAAAUUGCUGACUUUGGGAUGUGCAAGGAGAACAUGUUUGGAGAUGCAAAGACAAGUACUUUCUGUGGCACUCCUGACUAUAUUGCUCCUGAGGUAGGUGUGGGAUCCAGGGAG